UGUUCGACGGCUGUUAUCCUUAGGGAUAUAUAAUUGUGCACUGUCGACCCUUUCUUCUCCUCCUGGAUAUAUGCACACCUUCACUCGAUUAUAACUGUCUCGGAAAGAACUUCCAUCUCACUACACUGAAGCAUGGCCGACAAGACGGACGUUCACCAUGUGGACGACCCAAAGACAGUUCCCCAUUCAACGGAGUUAGUCGCGGACAAGUACCAGAAACCCUCAGCUAUUGACACCGUCCACGGCGACGAAGCACUGAAAGUCAUCGCUGCUGUCGGCGGAGAUGACUAUUGGACCACGCAAGAAGAGAAAAAGCUAGUCCACAAGAUCGAUCGGCGGUUGUUACCAGUCCUUUGCCUAGUAUACGGGAUUCAGUUCUAUGACAAAGCAAUGCUGGCGCUGUUUGGACUUGAAAAGGACCUCGAUCUCGACAUUGGCAACCGCUUUGUUUUCUCCUCUUCUAUCUUCUACCUUGGCUUCAUCGUGGGCGCUUAUCCUGCUAUUAUGAUGGCCCAGCGGUGGCCCAUUGAGCGGGUCGCUGCAGGCAUCACAUUCAUCUGGGGUGUCACCGUCAUGUGCAGCGCUGCUUGCAAAACAUACGGUAGCUUCUACACACAGCGGUUCUUCCUAGGUGUGAUCGAGGCCGGGAUUUCGCCAAUUUUCAUGCUCGUCGUUGGUGGUUGGUACAAGAAGGAUGAACAAGCUUUGAGGAUGGGAGCUUGGUACAGUUGUACCGGCUACAUCUCCAUAGUCUCACCGCUCAUCAACUAUGGCCUAGGACACAUCACAGGAGGCUCUCUGCACUCCUGGCAGUACAUGUAUCUAUUCGCCGGCGGUGUUACGACAUUGCUAUCCAUUUUUGUAGUAUACUUCCUGCCACCGGACCCCAUUCGCGCCAAACACUUCACAGAACGGGAGCGUUAUAUUGCUGUUGCACGACUCAGAGUCAACAAUGCUGGUGUUCGAAACAUCCACUUCAAGCCAUCUCAGGUCUUCGAUGCUUUGACAGAUGUCAGAUUUGUGUUACUCUUCUUCACCACCUUCCUCAUGUUCUUUGCCAAUGGAGCGAACUCAACGAUGGCCCCCAUCAUUGUCCACAGCUUCGGCUACUCCACACUCAAUUCCCUCCUGCUGGUCGUCCCUGCUGGAUUCGUGUCCGGGACAAUCGAGCUGCUUGUCUGUUAUCUGGCAUACCGAAUCAAAGGAAUUCGGAUCUACCUCUUCGUCAUCUGCGUCUGCACCACCAUGUUGAGCUGCUUGCUUCUAUGGAAGUUACCUCGGUCCGCGAACGGUGGCCUCUUGUUCGCCAUCGAGAUACUCCCUGCUUUCGGCGGUGGAUAUGCUAUCCUCUUGGGUCUGCAGAUCGCCAAUACAGCCGGGUACACGAAGCGCAGCGUUACAGCAGCUGGUUUAUUCAUUGCUUGGUGCCUUGGCAACUUUACGGGGCCACUGCUGUUCAAGAAGAAAGACGCUCCUGUCUACGCUCCGGCCUUUGCGGUCACUGUCGCCGGACUUGCGGCAGCGGUGGUUUUAGCCGUUAUAUAUCGAUACGUCUGCAAAUUCGAAAACUCGAAACGAGACGAAAGUGGAAUGACGGAAGCUUUUGAACAUGCCUACAACGAUGAUUUGACUGAUAGGAAGAACAAGCAGUUCAGAUAUGUGUAUUAGGCUGAGAAGAUUGUCGGGCGGAAGCUGGGAUACUGAAAGUAAUUGUCAGAGUUUAAAGGAGCGUUUCCGUGGUCCACAGAGUCUCCUAGAACAAAAUCAGAGGUUAGGCUGCUAUUUCGGUAAAGACAAC